AUUAACAUAGCUGGACAUUAUACAUAUAAAUAUAUUGUUUAUAAAAUGGGUCUGAAAAAAUGUUAUUAAAAGGAUCUUUAAUUACUUACACAAUAAGUUUACAAAAAAGUGAACAGUAAACAUAAUUAUAGUAUUAUACAUGUUUUCAUCAAUCGGAAUUUCUUUUUUUUAAAUGAAGACUUGUUACUAGACGGAUUGCAUUGUUUUUUAUGUCGAGUGAAAGGAAUAACCAUAGUUUAAAACAUGAGUGACGACACACUAAGCCCGGAACAAUUUCUUGAGUUACGAGAAAAAGAAGUGUUCGAUUUAUUUGACACAAAUGGCGACGGUUUUAUCACUCAGAAUGAGUUAGGAAACGUUCUCCGGUGUAUAGGAUAUAAUCCGACGGGGGCUGAGGUGGAAGACAUAUUAAAAAAGUUUGAUUCCGAUCAUAACAACAAAAUUACGUAUGAUGAAUAUGUUGAAAUGUUAAAGAAACAUUUAAAAGACCCUAGUACGUUUAAUGUCGAGUUACGAGAAGCAUUCCGAAAGUUUGAUAGAGACAGGACCGGUGAUUUAGAUUUUAAAGAACUCCGGAAAGCUUUGAUGUCUCUCGGCGAACCGUUAACGGCCGAGGAGACCGACCAGUUGUUUAAAAUGAUGGACGCUGAUGGAGACAAGCAAGUUGAUGUUGAAGAAUUUGUGAUGUUUAUGCUCAAGGGGUAUGACGAAAUCAAGAAAGUGGAAGAAUGCUCACAGGUCCAAUUGUCAUCAUCCAAAAAGUGAUUUGAUUUAGAAACUGUUUACAUGAUUUCAUGCCAUAUCAUAUUUAUAUAUUAAAAUUAUCCAUUAUCA